UCUGGGAUCUGCGGCCUGUCUGUGGAACGCUAGUUCAAGUCACACUCAAUAUUCGCAACGUUGUGGCAACCUCGUUAUACCAGUUAUGUUUGCUCAAUAUGUCAAUGGAGUUAAGUAUACCUGGGGGGAACGGGGGAAGGGGGUUAUAAAAGGCACGUCCAGUACCAGCAGUGUAUAGCAAUUCUUCAUUCCAGGGCGAUUCCUCUUCACAUCCAAAUUUCCUUGCUUUAACAGUUACACUAUUCCGUUCAGGCACAAUGGUAAAUAUCAGCAAGUUAAACGCCGCCGCCGUGCUGGCAGCCUCUCUCUUCAGUGCCGCAACAGCUCAUCCCGGAGAGCAUCACGAUGUCGAGCAUGUCAAACGUGAACUCCAGACACGUGAGAUUCUCGCUACUAGGGCCAGUAGCUCCCUGAGUAAAUGCGCAAACUCCCCCAAGUUCCAAGAACUGAAGAAGCGGGCCGUUUCUCGUCGUUCCGCCACUGCUACGAGACUACGUAAUGAAAGGGGUCUUGCAGCGGACGAUGCAUACCUUCACCGUCGGGAUCUUGCUACGCUGGAAAAGUACGAGAAGGUCAAUCACAACAUGACAGGAUCAGUCAAUAUGGCCGAUCCGUCUGUCCUCUUCAGCUCCAAUACCAGCUGUAUCCUUACUCCCGAAAACACGAUCGGUCCGUACUACGUUAGCGGCGAGCUCCUGCGCCAGGACGUCACAGAGGGGCAGCAAGGUGUCCCUUUGCAUCUGGAAAUGCAGUUCGUCGAUGUCAAUACAUGCGAGCCUGUUCCUGACCUUCUCAUUGACAUUUGGGCCUGCAAUGCCACAGGUGUUUACAGCGGUGUCGACAGCACCGGAGAGGGAGGUUUAAAUUCAACUUUCCUGCGCGGUUUGCAGAUGUCCGACAAUGACGGCGUCGUCCAGUUCGACACCAUCUUCCCGGGUCACUACAGCGGUCGUGCUACACACGAGCACACUGUGGUCCAUACGAAUGCCAGCCUACUUCCUAAUGGCUCAUACACGGGUGGUACGGUAUCGCACAUCGGGCAGAUCUUCUUUGACGAGUCCCUACGCUCAGCUGUGGAAGAGACAUAUCCGUACAACACAAACACGAUCGAGGCUCUUUCCAACGACGAUGAUAUGUGGGCUCCGUCUCAGGCGGAUAACAACUAUGAUCCCUUUCCUGAGUAUGUUUACCUCGGGAAUGACAUAACCGAUGGUCUUCUUGCCUGGAUCAGCAUCGGUAUUGAUCCUAGUGCGAAUCGCAAUUCUAAUGCUACUGCUGCUGCCUACUGGGCUGCUGAUGGAGGCCACAGCACUGGCAACAAUGUCGGUCCAGACGUAGGAGGCUCUUCUCCAUCUGGGUCCCCGCUACCCUCAUCCAGCUCUGUGUUGAGUGUCAGGGAUUACAAUCUUAAAAAGCUCUUCGGUGGCUCGGCACAUCGCGCUUAUUAAGGGCGUGAUUUAGAAGGUAACUAACACAGGCUCUGUACAUGCUUCUGCUGAAACUGUACUGUACUUGGGGAAAACAAGCUUUCGUGUAUUAUUUA